GGCCGGGCGGGAGGCGGCGCUGGCGAAACUGGGACGGCCCCGCUCCCUGCAAAGUUGCCAGCGGUCUGGUCAUCGCGCGCCGCCAAAGAGGCUGCGGCAGCAACCCAAGUUUCCUGCCGGUUCAGCGCCGGUGGAUCCCCAUGAAGCGGCUGGGGGGACGCCCCGGCCCCCCUUCCCCCGGUAGGAGCAGCGGCGGCGGGCAGCGCCCAUGACUUGGACUAGCAGCAUGAGCAGCGGCUACAGCAGCUGGGAAGAAUCGGAGUCCGAGGAGUUUUUCUUCACCGCCCGCACGUCUUUCUUCAGGAGCCCCCUCGGCAAAGCCAAGCAGAGUCUGCAAGAUGUUCAGAAAGAAAAAGAAACCAAAGAAGCAAUAAAGGAAAAAGUCCAAAUUUACAAUUCAGAUGUUUCUGACAAGCUAAAGAUGACCUUGAACUCCAAUGGGGUAUACACUGGCUUUAUCAAAGUUCAAAUGGAAUUGUGCAGGCCUAUCACUGUGCGGGCUUCUCUGAAUCCAGGGAAGCACAUCAACAAUGAGACGGCAUUUUACUUGCCUAAAGGCUGCAUGAAUACUCUUCACAUUAGCAGCACCAACACUGUCCGUGAAGUUAUCGAGGCUCUGCUCAAAAAGUUUCUGGUGGCUGAUAAUCCUGCUAAGUUUGCGCUUUAUAAACAAUGUCACAGGGAAGAUCAAGUUUACAUGUGCAAGCUCUCAGAAACAGAACAUCCCCUUUAUUUGCGAUUGAUGGCAGGCCCAAGAACAGAUAUGCUUAGUUUUGUUCUACGUGAGCAUGAAACUGGAGAGGUUCUGUGGGAAGCCUUUAGUCUUCCUGAACUACAUAACUUCUUGCGUAUACUGGACAGAGAAGAAGAUGAACAAUUACAAAAUUUAAAAAGGCGCUAUGCAGCAUACAGAGAAAAACUUGAAGAAGCCCUUGGUGGGGUUUGGCAGCCAGGUUAAAAUGGGGCCAAAGAAAACUCAGGAAAAAUUGCAUUACCAAAUACUAUGUAACAUGCCAAACCUAUCAUACACACGUCAAGGGUGGAUACCUCUUUAAAACACAUGAUCUUUUUGUGAGGCUAAGAGAGAACGUUUCCAGAGAGAUCCUGAGAAUCACUUUCUUAUCAUCUUGAAUGUAGAUACAAAGAAAAGUGGCAGUAUGUAUUACUUGCAGAUCUCUCUUGUAUGCUUUGUAGCUUUCCCAUGCUUUUUUGUAAUCACUGUGAUUGUGUGAUGUGUCUUUGAAAGCAGACACCACGAAAUAGACAUUCUUUGUUUUAAUGUUCAUUUGUAGCUAUUGAAAAGAAAGUUGUGGUAAAUUGAAUUACCUCACUUUAAAUCAAUUAGUUUUGAUCAGAGUGCUAUUUCAGAUAUAGAACUCUAUAGUUCGUAAAGAAAUAAUUUUUAUACAAGGAAUCAUAUGUGAAGUUGUUAAAACAAUAUAUUUCUGAAAAAGGAGUCAUAUGUGAAGAAGUUGUUAAAGCAAUAUUUUACUGAAGAAGUUAGAGAGGAAGUUGGAAAAAAGGUAAGAGGUAGAGAAGAAGAAAUGGAAGAGAGAAACAGGUGAUCCUGGAAGCCUGUUUUGGUGUUGAAAAGAAAUUGGGGGGGUUUGCUGUUAGAGUUAUCAAAAUUAAUAUAUUCAGGAAUGCUUUUGAGAUUAAGCGUAUGAUAGUGGAAGCUGAACUACAUAUGCAGAAAAUGAACAGAAUUGCUAUUUUUUAAAGGGUGAUGCAUGGCAUGCUUUGGUUCUAGUCUGCUCUGAACUUUAUGAUCUGCUAAAUGCUUGGCUGAGGUUUUCAUGAGUAAAAUAUCAGCACUAAAGAAUUCAGAAUUUAAUUCAUUGAAUGUCUGAAGGUGCAGUAGAAUUGUUCUUAGGCACAUAUAACAUUUCUCUUAUUUUUGAAAAUCAGUGGGUUGAAUCUAGAGAUCCAUGAACAUGAGGAUUACAGGUGAUGUCCUUGUUCUUCUCCCUUCCAACAGUCCUUUCUGACUCUUGAAAAAUUGAUCUGCAUGAACUUAGAAUCCACAGACAGAAGUUGGAGGGACAGUUUUGUACCCUUCCUUUCAUCAGCACAGUCCAUCUGCCCCUCACGGAAUCAGAAACGUCAGAAAAGACUGUUGGAGGUAGUGCCUUCUGCUGAUGGGACUGCUGGAGUUAGACCCUUUCAUGUUUUGUAACUUAAGCAGGCUAGGAUAUCUAUGGUUUAGGGUUUCUGAUAAAACUAUAAGACGUUCAGAAGCUGACUAGGGAUCUGUAUGAUUCCCAACCAUGUGCAAGGUAAAUAGAGGAGGAAAAGAAUUUUGUCUUUGAUGUUUUUGACCAGAAAUAUUUUUUAAGUAUAUAUACUAAGUGAAACCAAAGAUAUGGUGUGCAAUACAGACUUUCUAUAUAGCUGUAUGAAACUUGUUCUAAGCUCUCUUAUAUUUUCAGCCAAUGUGGAAAAAUUAUUUGGAAAACAUUUUUUUUAAUCGUGAGCAGUAAUCAUUUUCCUCCUAAUCACUUGGCCAGUAUUUUUUAAAUUUGUCUGUUACUCUGGCAUCACCUAGUGGUUGUCUUAUGGAACAUCAAGAUAUUUCUCUUGGGAACUGUGCCUUCAUUUUUCAUCUUAGCUGCUUCUGCCUCUUCUCCCAAAAGACAUACACCAAGGUUCCUAAUUCUAAUGGUCGUUCUCAAUAUCAACUAUUUUUUCUUUCCCAUGUCAUACUUUGUGUGGGACUUUAUUUUAUUAGGAACAUAGUGGCAAUGCAUUGUACGGUGGUACAGGGAUGUUUCUUGAUAAGUCAGAAUGGGUACAUGUAGUAUGGCACACUUAUAGGCCAGGUUAGGUUAUGGAAGCCAUUACACUUACAUUUUGUUUACUGCACCCACUUGUGCAUAAAGUAGGCAUCAGAGUGCCUCCAUUCAAUAUAUGCACACCGUUGGGCAUUUCCUGUGAUAACAUGCAUUUCAAACAUUGCUUUCGGUAACAUGUUUCUUCAUGUUAGGGCUUUUUGACAUACAGCAUAUGAGAACAGAUCAGAACUGGCGCUGAUUCAUUUAAUUGUAUGUACAACAAGGUCACUGUUUGCAAUUAAAUAUCAAAUAUUUUGUUCAGAUUUAAAUACUGUUUGAGUCCAGAAAGGGCAAUUUUAAAGUAUGUGAAUCUUAAUUUUUACUUGAACUUCCAUGUUUCUUUACUCCAAAUCUUUUGAGUCUUGUGCACUACAGGUUUCAGUAGAAGAUUUAGUAUUUGUUUAAACAUUAGAUUUUUUUAAAAAUACAUGGCAUAAACACUGGUUACUUCAGCUUUUGUUUAAUUUAAAAGAAUAGGUCAGUGAUGACAUGAAAGAUUUUUUAAAAAUUGUUUUAGUAUUGAUCUGUUUUAGUAUUGAUCUAUCACAGAUAUAUUGCAAAUUCUAUAUAUUGUUUAUUCGGGGGGUGCCCAAAUGAAGCAUAAAUGAGGUGAAGACAAUAUGGGGAACACUGAACCUCAGGGUUUUGUUCUUUUUAAAAGAAACUGUACUAUUUAUUAUUUUGAAAAACUUUUCUUUUUAUGGGGAAGAUUUGAUUCCCCUCAAAGAUGUUAUUGAAGCAGUAAGUUGCAAUUCCAUCAUUAAAGCUGAAGUUGAUACAGAU